CACCCACUCCUUUUCCCUCUCUUUUCCCCUUCAUUUCGUUUUGUUUCGCAGUGCCCCAAAAACACCCUCUCUAUUGGUUUCUUCGAUAAAGUUAUCAUUCAAUUCAAUUCCAACCGUUUUUUUUAUUUUGUAUUUUAGUGAUCUUCAAAAAUAUGGUGGCGGCGGCAAACAGCAGCGCGUGGCUUGACAGCAUGAGGGCUUCCUCUCCGACACACGUCAAAGCGCCGCCCCUCUCCGACGCCCACAACUCUUGGAUUCUGCGGCAUCCCUCGGCGCUGGACGUGUUCGACGAAAUCACCAUUUCUUCGAAAGGGAAGCAAAUCGUCAUGUUUCUCGACUACGACGGCACCCUCUCCCCCAUCGUCGACGACCCUGAUCGCGCCUUCAUGUCCGAAUCGAUGAGAGCAACGGUGAGGAAAGUGGCCAGAUAUUUUCCAACUGCUAUAGUGAGCGGGAGGUGCAGAGACAAGGUGUACAGUUUUGUGCGUUUGACAGAGCUGUAUUAUGCUGGAAGCCAUGGCAUGGACAUAAAAGGCCCAUCAAAAGGUUAUAACAAGGAUGCUGAAGCUGUUCUUUUCCAGCCAGCUAGUGAAUUUAUUCCAAUGAUCGAUGAGGUUUAUAGAGCCCUUUUGGAGGUGACAAAAUCCACCCCGGGUGCUAGAGUGGAGCACAACAAAUUCUGUGUCUCUGUACAUUUUCGGUGCGUUGAUGAGAAGAAAUGGAUUGAACUGGCGAAGCAAGUUGGAAUGGUGUUGGAAGGCUAUCCGAGCCUAAGAUUGUCUCAGGGCAGGAAGGUGUUUGAGAUUCGGCCAACUAUUAAAUGGGACAAGGGCAAGGCUCUUGAGUUCCUCCUAGAGUCACUUGGGUAUGCAAAUUGUGCUGAUGCGUUCCCUGUUUACAUCGGUGAUGAUCGAACUGAUGAAGAUGCUUUUAAGGUUUUGAGAGAGAGAGGUCAAGGGUUUGGAAUAGUAGUAUCGAAGACGCCAAAGGAUACAAAGGCAUCAUAUUCAUUGCAGGAGCCCUCCGAGGUUAUGGCGUUUCUCAGACGGUUGGUAGAGUGGAAGAAAGUGUCGUUGAGACGCCACUUCAGAAUGAGAAGACGACUUCAAGAAAUCAAAAUCAACUUCCCAAAUUAAUAGUACAACUAUAUUUUUUCCAUUAUUAAUAUGUAUAUUUCUCCAUAGAAAAAUGCUAAGCAACUCGUGUCCCCUAACGAACUCCAAAAUUAGCUUUUUAUUGAUAAUUAAGCAUGUACGGGGUGAAGUUGUAAUUUCCCACCUUAUUUGGAGUAAACUAAGUAAAUACACUGGCUUUUCUCACAUAA